ACUUGGUGUACAGUUGCAAGCUGCUUCUAGUUUGAGGCUUCACGCUGCCUCAGAGUUAUGGAUAUCAGUGUGCGUCAGAUAAACGUGUCCUCCGAGCCUGGGCGCAGUUUCUUCUUGAAGGUGACCUGGACAGAUGACUUGGGCGCAGGCUUUGCUGUUGUGCUCUGCGAUGGUGCUGCUGCCUGGCAUGGCAAAGUGUCCGAGGAGGAUGUGACCCGGGAGGCGGAGGAGAUGGAGGUGCGGAGAGAGAAGUACAUUCAGGACCUGCGGCUGGCCCUGACAGAAGAGGGCCAGCAGACCAUGGACUACACCUUCCAGCUCUCCCCAGACUCUGGCUGUGCCGGGGGCCUCCACCUGUCUUACGAGAAGGUGCAGAAAGACAUUGCGUUCAGACUUGGAUCAGUGGAGCUGCGCCCCGUCCCAGCGCCGGCUGAGGUGGUUAAAGAGCUCAUUAGCCAUGGCUUGGGGCACAUCACCCAGCUGCAGGCCAAGAACCGGCACCUGCAGGAGGAGAACCGGCAGCUGAGGCAGGAGCAGGACCACAUCACAGCUGAAAUGGAGAGGUACGUCCACGGCAAGGAGAGUUUGGAGAAGGAGCUCUACACACGCUUCGUGCUGCUCCUCAACGAAAAGAAGGCCAAGAUCAGGAGACUGCAGGAGACCGUCAGACAGCUGCAAGACGAGGUGGAUGAAAAAGAGCAGAGGGAGGUGGGUGUGGGAAAGAGUUCAGCCCUGGAGGAGAGUGGGGUCCAAGGGGGGAGCGGCUCCCCAGAGGGGAGUGAAUAUGGGGGGAGCACAGACGAGGAGCAGCCAGAGAGCCCCCAUCAGUCCCAAAAACCCCCAAAAGCAACGGUCAGAGUAGUACCUGGCACCAGUUCCAUGGACGACAGCUUUACCGACAUCAUUAACGUGAUGCCAAGCCGAAAGCGUCGCCAACGACAUCUCCAAGAUCCAGGGUCGGAGAGCAAAACGCCAUCUCUAGAGCUCCAGCGGAGGGAAAGUAAGGAGACCGCACGAUCCAAAGAAGAGGCCAAUCAGAAAGCAGCUAAACGGGCCACCCCCAUCACUGCAGCCAAUGUGGAUCCGGAUGACCUGUUUGAUGACUUAUAACUAUGACUUUUGCUCCAGGAUCUACGAUAACUACCUCUUUUCACACUACAUACUUUUAU